AUGGCCUCUCCACCACUCGCCCUCAAAAUCUCCCUCGGCCUUUUGAUGCUCGAUUCCCUCAUCGAAACAGCCUUUGUUUCCUCCAUGGUCCGAUGGCUGCACACCCGAGCAGGCCGCGACUUCCUCUUCACCUCAUCCAACAGCACCCACCCCCUCCACGGCAAACCCCUCAACCUCCUCAUCGACCAAGGCCACACCUCCAACGGAGCCGCAGGCACAGCCUUCGUCCUCAUCAGCCUAGGCGGAAUCCUCUCUCUCAAACUCCGCCACCACGCAACCUCACACCCACACAACACCCGCUCCAGCACAUCAACCUUCUCCAAAAUCAUCCACACAACCUGGUUAAUUUUUACUUUCCUCUCCAUGCUUCUCUCCCUCGGAGCCCUAAUCUACACCUUCACUCUCACAUCCUCGCAUACCGACCAACACAUCGACACCACUCUCGCCGCAUCACUCAACAAUCAACCCUAUCCAAAUCAAGUCCCAUACCCAAAAGAUUCCUGGACACCAGAGAAUUGGUUCAAAGCAGUUCUCGAAAUUCCUCUCGUCAGUAAAAGUGACAGAGACACCAUAAAUUUCCAUCUCCGAAUCAUGCAAGCCUGGCGCUGGAAUUUAAUUCCCAUGUUCAUUCUCGGAUUGGCAGUUUUCGUGUGCGCAACAAUUGACGCAGUGGCUCAGUGGAAAAAAGAUCGACAAGUGCGGAGUUUUAUGCGCGAGGGAAAGAGGCUUUCGGUGUAG